AUGGCCGCAACAACGGCUCCUGCCAUUCCUGUCAAUCCGACCGCUCACCAUGUCGCUUCGCUACUGCCUAAGCUGCAAGAUGUCGAUCCGGAUAUUCGUUACAUGUCGUUGAACGACUUGAACCAAAUGCUCACCAUUGGCCACCCUACUUUUAUCUCACACGACUACAGCUGCUGCGCACGCGUUGUCGAAGGCCUUCUACAUACUCUCAACGACCAAAAUGGCGACGUACAAAACAUGGCCAUCAAGUGUCUGGGCCCUUUUGUCAACAAGGCUCCCGAGAGCAUCCUCUGCCCAACCUUCGACAAGAUCUCAAAUCUCCGUACCGACAAUGCUGUCGACAGCUCAGUACCCGCUCUUGCCGUCAGAGCCAUGGUCGUCGCUCUGCCCCGUCCUGCUCCAGCCGUUCCUCGUACACAAAAAGUCCAAGAAUCAUACUCCGCAGUCAGUCGCGCCCUGAUUCCUCGUCUGGUUGGAUACACUGUCAUUCCCACUGGCAAGAACCUACCUGCUCCGCCCAAGGGCAUGAUCCAAGUUGAGAUCGAGACUGGAAUCGAUAGUAACGCCUUGGACGUCCUGGUCGAAGUUGCUCGCUGUUUCGGCCCAAUGCUGCAAGAAGCUGAGGUGGAAGCUUUGCAAAAGGUCACAGCAGAGGUCCUAGAAAACCCUCGAUGCAGCACCGUCAUGAAAAAAAAGGCCGUCACCGCUCUCUCAGUCCUUUCUCCAUACUUCUCAGAUUCGCUCCUCAGUUCGGUCGUGUCGCACUCGAUCGAGAGUUUGCGCCAGUCCCACCUUACACCAGCUCAGCGCAGACUCUAUCUCACAAUCUUUGCCUCCAUGGCCCGAUCAAUUCCCCGCAAAUUUGGCCCAUACCUCAGGACUCUGGCACCAUUUGUGCUUUCACCCCUGAGUGAGCAAGAGCUGGACCAGCAGAAUGAGGAGGCUGCAGAGUCAGAUGAAGGUCGGGAUCCUCAGGUCGAGGAAGUACGUGAAGCCGCCCUACUGGCUCUGGAGUCCUUCCUGGCGUCGUGCAGUCAGGACAUGACACCUUACAUUACCGAGGUCAUAGACUCGUGUCUUCGAUUUGCCAAGUAUGAUCCCAACUAUGCUGCCGACGAGGACGACGAGAUGGAAGGAGCAGAGAGUGACCAAGAAGAUGACUUUGAUCUUGACGAGGACUUUGAAGAAGAAACUGGCUUCGACGACGAGGACGAUGUCAGCUGGAAGGUUCGUCGUGGUGCUGCCAAGCUCGUUCACACCUUGAUCGCUACACGAGGAAGCGGUGACUUGCUUGAUAGCGGCAUUCUCUACGACAAAAUCGCUCCGGCUCUUCUUUCACGAUUCCAGGAACGUGAGGAGAGUGUGCGCCUUGAGGUCCUCUCCACUCUUGCUUUCCUCGUCAAAAAGACCGGCGAAGUCAGCACUACUCCUAGUCUUCGCAGAAUGUCCUCAGCUACAGGUCCUCCAGUCAGUCGCAAGCGUCGUCGUGACAGUAGUUUCUCUAGCGAACGUCCGCAAUUUGCCCUGUCCAAUGGCUAUGCCUCUCCUUCCACCCCGCCACCUCAAGGCGGUCCUCAAGUCAGCUUGGCAGCCAUCAACCCUCAGAUCGUUCAGGGUUCGGCCAAGUUGCUCAAGUCGAGCACUGUUCCUACCAAGCACGCCGUGAUCUCUCUGCUAACAGAUCUGGUUACUGCUCAACAGGGUGGCCUCUCGAAACGUAUUGAUCAGGUCAUUGAUCCUGUUCUUGAUGCCAUGAAGUCGACUGGCAGCACAUCGGGAGGUGCUUCUGUUACAAACAAUGCUCUCCGUAUCGAGUCUUUGCGCUUGCUGCGCGUUGUUGCUGACACACAUUCCUCCAAGGUCAUCGAGCCAUAUCUUGCCAAGAUCAUGCCCGCUCUGACCACCGUAUCCAAGGAGAAGUUCAGCAAGGUCUCAAGCGAAGCAUUCGACACUAUCCAGGUCUACAUCAAGGCUCUUACCCCCCCUCGCUCUGCUGGCUUAAAGCAACAGAACGCUACCUACUUGCAACAAAUCUACGAGACAGUCACUCAGCGCAUCUCCGCCUCCGAUACUGACACUGAGGUCCGACAGAAGGCAGUUCAGUCGCUUGGUCUUUUGAUCGGUCGUACCUCUGGCACUCAAGGGUCGGCUCUUCUCAAUCAACAAAGCAGACUUGCUGGUCUGCAGCUCAUCAACGACAGACUUCGCAACGAGCUUACCCGUCUGGCUUCAGUCAGAGCCAUCGAGACUAUUGCCGUUUUGGCUCAAAGCUCAAAGGAGUUUACUCCUGAAUGGGUCCGCGAUGUGUCGCUCGAGUUGGGUGCUCAGCUGCGCAAGUCCAGCAGAACUCUGCGCGGAGCCAGUCUUGCUGCUCUGAAGCGCAUGGCUGUCAAUCCUGCCUGCCGUGAGAACAUGGAUGAUGAGACUGUGCAGAAGACUGUUCAGCUUUUGUUGCCCUUGAUAUUGGUGGAUCAAGAUCUUCAUCUCAUUGGUCCUGCUCUUGUCAUCAUUGGUUCGUUCGCCAACGAGAGACCACAACUUGUGCUCAAUGAUGAAGUUAUCCAAGCUUACUGCUUCGUGGCCAAGAUGGAUCUCAGUGGCGCUGCACUCGAUGCAUUGCUCGGUUCGCUUGAGAUUAUUGGCAAGAAGGGUGCCGGUAAGGAUCUGAUGAGGUCGCUGCUCGCUGAAGUCGGCGUCAAUGGCAACCCUGAGCUUGUCGGCCAAGUCAUCGGUAUUCUUCUUGUUGCUGGAGGUAACUCUGUAGGUGUCACACUUGCCGACUUCGAAGCUGAGCUGAAGUCGACCCCUGAUGAGAAGCGCAAAUGCCUUGCUCUUUAUAUUCUCGGUGAAGCUGGUCUGCGCAUGGGCCCGGCAUUCCCCUACGGACCUGAUAUUUUCACCUCUUACUUCUCGACUUCCGAGAAGGUAUCUCUNGCAGCUGCUGUCGCUCUGGGUCGUGCCGCUGCUGGCAACGUUUCUAGCUACCUACCUCAAAUUCAGUCGAGCAUGAACCAAGGUAAGCAGUAUUUGCUUCUCCACACAAUCAAGGAAUUGCUACAGCACACCGCUGCCGAGACAGAGGUUAUCAAAUACUCAAAACAGCUCUGGGAUAACAUCAUCACUGCCUCGCAAGUCGAAGACAACAAGGUCGUCGGUGCUGAAUGCAUUGGCAGACUUGCAACAAUCGAUCCCGCUGCAUACCUGCCUCAGCUGCAAGCAUACUUGAGCGAUUCAUCGCCCACUGUUCGUGGCAUGGUCAUCUCCGCUCUCCGCUACACCUUCUCUGACACUGAUCCUUCUUACGACGUCUACCUGCAACCCAGCAUUGUGCCCAUGCUCACAACCAUGCUCAACGAGGAAGACUUAAACAACCGUCGUCUUGCCUUGACGACAUUCAACUCAGCCGCCCACAACAAGCCUGAUCUGAUUCUGCCUCACCUUGACACCUUGUUGCCACUCGCUCUCAAGGAGACUGUCAUCAACGCCGACCUUAUUCGUGAAGUGUCCAUGGGUCCCUUCAAGCACAAGGUUGAUGACGGUCUUGAGCUGCGCAAGUCUGCAUACGAGACAUUGUACGCUCUUAUGGAGACUGCCUUUGCUCGUGUUCCCAUCUCUGCCUUCUAUGACCGCAUCCAAGCCGGUGUGGCCGAUGAGCAUGAGAUCAAGAUCUUGUGCUGCUUGAUGCUGAUCAAGCUCGUUACUCUUGCACCCGAGGAGACUGUCCGUCGUCUUGAAGGCUUGGCCGCAUCUUUCAGAGCAGUCCUCGCCUUCAAGCCCAAGGAUACCGCCGUCAAGCAAGAGUUGGAGAAGUUGGGAGAGCACAACAAGGCCAUCGCCAAGGUCAGUGUCAUCAUCAACAAGACCUUCCCCACCGAGACAACCGCCGAACACGCACGUGCCUGGAACGACUACUGGGAGUGGGCUAGAAAGGACAUGGCCACCGUCGUUAAGAACGCAGAGGAUGAACUCAAGGAAAAGGAUCGCUAG